UUUACCAGUGAGUUCAUCUCCGCACCACAGUUUACCAGUGAGUUCUCCUCCACACCACAGUUUACCAGUGAGUUCUCCUCCACACAACAGUUUACCAGUGAGUUCUCCUCCACACCACAGUUUACCAGUGAGUUCUCCUCCACACCACAGUUUACCAGUGAGUUCUCCUCCGCACCACAGUUUACCAGUGUGAUGAGUAACGGGACGUUGCUGGUCUUCCUGUCUGUAGGUGUGAUGAGUAACGGGACGUGGCUGGUCUUCCUGCCCCUGGCACCCAUGGAGACAGGGUCAGGGAGUCUCCUGGUUGUCGCCUUCCUCACGGUCAUGUUGGCUACUGGCUCUCUACUGCUGCUGGUUCACCUACUGGGCUUCCACAUCUAUCUCUUGUUAAACAAAAUGAGCACGUAUGACUACAUUAUAACAAGACGUCGUAAACAGGCCAGCCAGCAGGACAUAGAGAUGGGCUUUCCCCAGUCAUCUGACAGCAACGCAGAACAGAAUCAUCCGCAAAUGGAGCCCUCCAUCGAUUGUGAUGCGUUGUUGUCAGACCGUGUCAGGUAGGUAAUCCCACUAGGAAAUCAUGACACCGAUGCAUUUGGUUAUCAUGUACAGUGUUGCAAGACACAGGUACUGGAAGUUCUGCUAUACAGCUGUGGAAUCGUUAUCUUCCAAAGUGUCAAAGUUAUCUCAAAGAUAGACUUGUAGAAUAACACAGUAUUGUAGUUAUCUCAAAGAUAGACUUGUAGAAUCACACAGUAUUGUAGUUAUCUCAAAGAUAGACCUGUAGAAUCACACAGUAUUGUAGUUAUCUCAAAGAUAGACUUGUAGAAUCACACAUUACUGUAGUUAUCUCAAAGAUAGACUUGUAGAAUCACACAUUACUGUAGUUA